AUCGAUAUCUACAUCAUAUAUCUUCACUCUGAUAAAAAAAAAUGGCGCCUGCAGUCGUAGUAAGCGGCUCUGGUGAACAUCCAGAAUUUGAAGGCAGGAUAACAGUGUAUGUCAUAGUUUGUGUGAUCAUAGCAGCCUUUGGAGGCUUGAUGUUUGGUUAUGACAUUGGCAUUUCAGGUGGAGUAACAUCCAUGGAUGAUUUCUUGAAAGAAUUCUUCCCAGCUGUUUAUAGAAAGAAACAACAUGUUCUUGAAAACAAUUACUGUAAAUACGAUAACCAGUUCCUCCAAUUGUUCACGUCGAGCUUGUACCUUGCUGCUCUGAUCGCCAGUUUUGUAGCUUCGAAGGUUUGCUCAAAAGCUGGCAGGAAGCUCACCAUGCAGAUUGCUUCAAUUUUCUUCAUGAUCGGCGUCAUUUUAACUGCUGCUGGUGUCAAUCUUGGAAUGAUCAUCUUGGGGAGAAUUUUUCUUGGAGUUGGUGUUGGUUUUGCCAAUCAAGCUGUACCACUCUUCUUAUCUGAGAUAGCUCCGGCUAGGAUCCGUGGAGCACUCAACAUUAGUUUCCAACUCUUCAUUACUAUUGGGAUUCUGGUAGCCAAUCUGAUAAACUACUUCACAUCAAAUGUCCACCCUCAUGGCUGGAGAAUUUCUCUUGGCAUUGCCGGUGUCCCCGCUUUGAUGCUCUGCCUGGGAUCUAUACUCAUCUGUGAGACUCCAACCAGCCUUAUUGAACGUAACAAAAUCGAGGAAGGAAGGAAGGUUCUGAGGAAAAUCCGCGGCGUCGAGAACAUCGACGACGAGUUCGAUUCGAUUGUACACGCUUGUGAGAUGGCAAGGCAAGUAAAGGACCCAUUCCGCAAACUAAUGAAGCCAGUGAGCCGACCCCCACUAAUAAUUGCCAUCUGUUUACAAGUUUUCCAGCAAUUUACCGGGAUCAACGCUAUAAUGUUCUACGCUCCGGUCCUCUUCCAGACCGUAGGAUUCGGGAACGAUGCCGCAUUGCUUUCGUCAGUUAUUACUGGCCUCGUCAACGUGUUUAGUACUGUGGUUUCAGUAUAUUUAGUAGACAGGGCCGGCAGGAGAUUUCUGCUACUUGAAGCUUGUGUCCAGAUGCUUAUUUCCCACGUUAUCAUCGGUAUAAUCCUCCUCAAAGAGUUGAAAACCACGGCUGACAAUCUUACCAAAGGGGAGGCAACCUUCGUGGUGGUCAUGGUGUGUCUCUUUGUGAUGGGGUUUGCCUGGUCAUGGGGGCCUAUUGGCUGGCUAAUUCCAAGCGAGACGUUCCCUCUGGAGACGAGAUCCGCUGGUUUUGCCUUUGCGGUCAGCUCCAACAUGCUCUUCACUUUCGUCAUUGCUCAAGCUUUCCUCUCGAUGCUCUGCCACAUGCAAGCUGGGAUCUUCUUCUUCUUCGCUGGGUGGAUUGUUAUAAUGGGAGUCUUCACUUGGUUCUUGUUGCCUGAGACCAAAGGGGUCCCUGUUGAUUCCAUGGUUGACAAAGUCUGGAAGCAGCACUGGUUCUGGUGUUCUUUCAUGGCCGACGAUGACUUAAGGACCGAUGUUAAGGUUGUUUGAUUCUACCGCAAUAAAGUUGUUGGUCU